AUGCCAUUAACAGAAGAAAAUUUUAGUAAUAACUCUUCACUGAGCAGCCUUGAUCCAAAUUUAAUUCAUUUGCAAUUAAACAAUCAUGAUUAUUAUUUGACAAAGCCAUCUGCACUAUUAGAUACUAAUUACUCAAAAAGUUUACCUUUAAAUAAAUUUGAACAUAUCCCCAUAAUCAGGGUAUUUGGAUGUUUACCUUCAGGUCAUCGAGUUUUAUGCCAUAUUCAUGGCAUUUUCCCCUAUAUAUAUAUACCUUAUGAUGGUAAAAUCGAAUCUGAUUCAUCUACUCUCAGAAACCAAAAAUGUUUACAUUUGCACCUUUUGUUAGAAUCAAAAUUGCAUGAUGUCCCUAUUCAGUCUGAUUACACAUUUAAUGGAAAUCUUAAAUAUAUUGCUGAUGUCUCAUUAGUUAAGGCAAUCCCAUUUUAUGGUUAUCACAUUGGCUGGUCUGUAUUUUAUAAAAUAUCAUUAUUAAACCCAUCCUAUGUUAAUAAAUUAUCUGACAUGUUAAGAAAUGGCACUAUAUUAAAUAAAGAAAUAGAAACUUUUGAAAGUAACAUUCCAUAUCUUUUACAAUUUGUUACUGAUUUUAAUCUUUUUGGGUGUGAUUGGAUUAAGUUAACAGAGUGUUAUUUCAGAUCUCCUAUUUUGAACCAAAUUCUAGACAUUGAUAAUUUAAUGUUAAACUCUCAAUUAAAACAAUUUUUAACCAAGUUUUGUCAAAGAUCUGAUACUACAAAUAAUGGUAAUACUAAUAUUUUGCCAAGAUCGAGCUUUCAAAGAAUAGGGAAUAGCCUAUUGGAGAUUGAUAUUUUACCACAAUUUAUUCAAAAUAGAAAAGAGCUCCAAUUUAAAGAACUGCAUCAUAGCUUUAUAGAAUAUUUGAAUAAUAAUAUUGAUACAUCUAACUCUGUUCAUUAUAUAACUUCAACUAAACAAAUGGUUAAAGAUUUAAUGGAGCAAAGACAAACCUUUGAAUUGGACACCUACAAAAAACCUACAGGUGUUAAUAGAAACUCAUCAGAUGCCUAUCCAAAAUGGCAACGAACUAAAGAAAACCAAAGUAUGUAUAAUAAAGCAAGAAAAAGUACGGCCUUUCAUUUUGGUAAUAGGAGGUCCACAUUUGAUAAUUUUAUCCAGUCGAGUAAAAUUUUUGAAAAUAUUCAGAAAAUAGAAGAAUCUGUGUCAAAUUUAUGGCCAGUACGUCCUGAUAUUUCAAAGAUUUCUCUAUAUAAUAUAGGUAAGGAAACACCACCCAAUGACAGCAAUAUUAUUGUGCAAGGGCAUGAUAUUGUUGAUCCGUCAAUAAAUAAUAAUGAAACUAAUUAUGAAAUAGGUUCAAAUAUUGGGCGAAAUGAUAUAUUUGAUUAUAAAGCAGUCACACAGACGAAAAAUAUUUUGUCACCUUCUUUAGAUUUGUCUACACUUUACCCUGAAGAAGUUGGAGCAUUUCCAAAAUAUUCACUGGAUAUAAGCUUGACACAAACUAUGACAAAAAAAAGAAAAAAGUGCCUACAAUUUUUAAACAAUAUUAGGUCACCGAUUUCUAAUUCAUUAGUUUCAGAGAAUAUAUGUUUUAAAAAGCUUAGAAACAUACCAAAACCUCGAAACUUUCCGAUUUUGAAUGGAGGAAAUUGCUUUAUUUAUAAAGAAUCGAAAAUUACUUACCAAUCAAUAUUGGAUGAUUUAGAAAAUCUUGGAUACCCUAGAAUUAAUUUUAAAGAUCCGUUCUUCAGCAAUCCACUUGAUAGAAGAAAUAAAUUAUUUGUUUAUGCAGGUAAACGAUUUGAAAUCAAUUCUUUACAUUUAAGUGAUAGAAUACCCAUUGAAUUCCAAGAAAAUAGUGUGAUAUUAGAGACUAAAAUACAACAAAAACUCUUUUCUACAUGGAGAUAUGUUACUCAACCACCAACAUAUAAAGAAAUUGCCUCAUUUUACAAUACACUACCUAUGUCAACUAAACCAGUAAAGAAAAAAAAAUUCUCAUCACAAAUUGAUAUGACAAUGUCAGACAAAAGUGCUAGUGAGGAUUCAUUUAAUAAAAAAUCUACUACACUACAAAAUCACUUAACUCAUCUAUCUUUGGAAAUUCAUGUGAAUACCAGAGCAGACAAAUAUCCAGAUCCAGUAUUAGACGAAGUAGUUAUGAUAUUUUGGAUACUUGAUGAUGAAACAUAUCCCUUUGAUUUAGAUAUGGAACAUCAAGGAAUAAUGGUGGUCAAUAAAGAUAUACAUAAUAAAAAAUUUAUUAACAAAGUUGAAUCUGCAGCAAGCCCAAUAACUGUUGCGUUUUAUGAAACUGAAUUUGAAAUGUUUGACGCUUUGACUGAUUUGAUACUACUCUUUGAUCCUGAUAUUCUUUCAGGAUAUGAGAUUCAUAAGUCAUCUUGGGGAUAUAUUAUUGAUCGAUGUACUCAAAUUCACAAAUUUAAUAUAGUAAAUGAGAUUUCUAGAGUCAAUAAUAAAUACCAGAACAAAAUAAAAGACGCAUGGGGAUAUACUCAUACCUCAAGAUUUUUGAUAACUGGAAGAUAUAUGUUAAAUAUAUGGCGAAUUAUGAGAGCCAGUUUUAAUUUAACACAAUAUUCUAUUGAAAACAUAAGUCAACAUGUACUAAAGUUGAGGUUACCACAUUUUUCCUAUUCAUUUUUAACUUCUCUUUGGUCAUCAGACUCAACUAUAACACAAUUAAAAACAGUAAUAUCAUAUUGGAUGAAACGCACAGAGUUAAAUAUUUUGUUGAUAGAAAAAGAUGAUUUCAUUGAAAGAACUACAGAGUUUUCUAGAUUAUUAGGUAUUGAUUUUAAUUCUGUUUUUUAUAGAGGUUCACAAUAUAAAGUCGAAUCAAUUCUUUUAAGAUUAUGUAAAUUAGAAAGUUUUUUAAUGAAUUCACCAAGUAAACAAGAUGUGAAAAGACAGAAGCCACUGGAAUGUGUUCCGUUAGUUAUGGAACCUCAAUCUGCAUUUUAUAAGAGUCCAUUAAUAAUUCUUGAUUUCCAAUCUCUAUAUCCAUCUAUUAUGAUUGCGUAUAAUUACUGUUAUUCGACUAUGAUAGGAAGAGUUGACACUUUAAAUUUAAAAAGUAAUGAAAUAGGAACAACACAGAUACCAUUAAGGGAAAAUUUGCUAGAACUUUUAAAGAAUGAUAUUACUAUUUCACCGAAUGGUAUUGUGUUUGUUAAAGAAUCUGUAAGAAAAUCUACUUUGGCCAAAAUGUUGACAGAAAUCCUAGAUCUUAGAGUUAUGGUUAAGAAAACUAUAUCUGAAUUACCACCAACAAAAAAAACGUUGAAAAAGCAACUUAAUAACAAGCAACUAGCAUUAAAGUUAUUAGCUAAUGUGGUCUAUGGUUUCACAUCAGCCUCAUUCUCUGGUAGAAUGCCAUGCUCUGAUUUAGCUGAUGCUAUAGUGCAAACAGGUAGAGAAACAUUAGAACACGCAAUUGACAUGAUCGAACAGAAUCCUGAAUGGGGAGCCAAAGUUGUAUAUGGUGAUACGGAUAGUUUGUUUGUGUAUUUGCCUGGUAAGAGCAAAAAGGAUGCAUUUCGAAUAGGUAAUGAGAUUUCAAUUAAAGUUUCUGAAAAUAAUCCCAAACCAAUCUUUUUAAAAUUUGAGAAAGUCUAUUUUCCCAGUAUCUUACUCUCCAAAAAAAGAUAUGUUGGUUAUUCUUAUGAAAACAUAUCACAAACUAAAGCGGUUUUUGAUUCUAAAGGCAUAGAAACCGUUAGAAGAGAUAGUCAUCCAGCUCAGCAAAAAAUUGUAGAAAAAUCAUUAAAAAUCUUAUUUGAUACAAGUGACCUUACUUUAGUUAAAGAUUAUGUACAACAACAAUUUUCUAAAUUAUAUGAAGGCAAGGUGUCUAUUCAAGAAUUUUGUUUUGCUAAAGAAGUGAAGCUGGGUAGCUAUAAAAGUGAUAGUACUGCACCUGCUGGUGCUUUGGUAGCCAAAAAACAAAUGGAGAAAGAUCACAGGACUGAACCACAAUAUAAAGAAAGAAUCCCUUAUCUCAUUGUUAAAGGAAAAUCAGGAGAAAUUUUGAGAAAUAGAAGUGUCUCUCCAAAGGAUUUUUUCUCAGGGACUGAUUUAUCGUUGGACGCUGACUACUACAUUGACAAAACAUUGAUUCCUCCACUUUCAAGAUUAUUUAAUAUUAUGGGUAUCAAUGUGGAAGAAUGGAAAUUUGAUUUGAAAAGAUCCAUUUCUAAACAAGGUUUAUGUACCAUAAAAGACAACAAAAAAGUUGGUAACUCCCAAUUUUGUUCUAAUUGUGGUAAUAGAUUUAUAAUCUUAGAAGAUUCACUACUAUGUCAGAUGUGUCUUGAAAAGAAAAAGGACACAUCGGUCAAUAUAUUAAGGACCCAAAUAUCGAGAGAACAAGAGUUUAAUAAUAUACUAACUGUUUGUCGAACAUGUACUUAUAAGUAUACCAAGAAUGCAAAUCUAGAAGGUCAUUACAUCAGUAGAAAUUGUGAGUCAUAUGAUUGUCCUGUGUAUUAUUCCAGAAUAAAAAUUAAAGGAUACUUAACAGAUGAAAAUUCAUCAAGAAAAUACCAUUCCUUAAAGUUUUUAGAUGAAUGGUAA